AAAGUUUCUGGUGUGAGGGGCUUUUUUCCCUUCUACGCGCAGAGACACUGUUUGGUUUGAUGUUUCAAUCAGCGCUACCCUUCUAAGCAGAUAUGGCUCCACCCCACACGUCAAAAACUUUCCGAUCACUCUGUAUAUAUAUAUAGCUACAUGUAUUACUCUUUGUUCAUCUGACAAAGAUGUAUCGUUUGAAGUCAGAAGAAGCAUCUGUGAUACCUUACGAAGAGGUUGCUGCUCGAUUGUCAACUGACAUCAAAACUGGAUUAUCGUGGAAAGAAGCUGAGAUCCGUCAAAAAUUAUACGAUUUCAAUGAGUUUAUCGUUCGGAAACAACAAUCUCUUUGGUCCAAGUAUUUUGAACAGUUUAAAAAUCCCCUUAUAUUAUUACUACUGGCUUCAGCUGUGGUCAGUAUUAGUGUGCAACAAUUUGAUGAUGCAUUCAGUAUUACAGCGGCUAUUUUUAUUGUCGUCACUGUUGCCUUUAUUCAAGAAUACAAAUCUGAAAAAUCUUUGGAGGAGUUGAAUAAACUGGUUCCACCAAAAUGCACUUGUUUGCGCGAAGGAAAUAGUGAAACUUUUUUAGCCAGGAAUCUUGUUGUUGGUGAUAUUGUCUUAUUGUCUAUUGGAGAUAGAGUGCCGGCUGAUAUUAGGUUAAUUGAAGCUGUUGAUCUUGCAAUAGAUGAAAGUAGUUUUACCGGUGAAACUGAACCAUGUCUAAAAACAACAGCACCUAUAGUCAUUAAGGGGAAUGGUGUAUCUCACAUGAAGAAUCUCGCUUUUAUGGGAACUUUAGUUAGAUGUGGUUAUGGAAGGGGAAUCGUCAUUAAUACUGGUAUUUCAUCCGAGUUUGGUGAAGUUUUCAAAAUGAUGCAAGAAGAAGAUUCACCUAAAACACCGUUACAAAGAAGUAUGGAUUCCUUAGGAAAACAGUUAUCAUUUUACUCCUUUGGUAUCAUUGGUUUUAUCAUGUUUCUUGGUUGGAUACAAGGGAAACCAAUACUUAAAAUGUUUAAUAUCGGAGUGAGUUUGGCGGUGGCUGCUAUCCCUGAAGGCUUACCUAUUGUUGUAACUGUUACACUUGCCUUAGGAGUAAUAAGAAUGGCCAAAAAGAAGGUAAUUGUCAAAAAAUUGCCUACCGUCGAAACUUUAGGCUGUGUCAAUAUUAUUUGCUCCGACAAAACUGGAACUUUAACUAAGAACGAAAUGACAGUAACAACAAUAAUCACCUCAGAACUUUAUCAUGCUGAGUUAACUGGUGUUGGUUACAACUCUAAAGGCCAGUGCAAUUAUAUCGGUCAACUUGAUUCUAAUGAUGAACCAAUGAUUAAUAAUCAACUUCAUGAUACAACGGUGCAAAUAAAUGCAGUAAAACGAGUUCUGGAAGUAGGAUGCAUAUGUAAUAAUGCUGAUGUCAUCGGGGGCCAUUUAAGAGGUCAACCUACCGAAGGAUCUCUAAUUGUUGCAGCUCAAAAAUUAGAUAUGUAUGGAGUUCGUGAAAAGUAUCAUCGUGUUCAAGAAGUCGCGUUCAACUCUGACCAGAAAAUGAUGAUUGUAAAAUGUAUUGCAAAGUUUUGUACAACAGGCGAUGAAAAAUUUUUUGUUAAAGGUGCAAUUGAAAGGGUACUGAAUAGUUGUACUCGUUACUCUUUAAAUGAUAAUCUAGUGCCUAUGACUGCGGACAAAAAAGCACGAUUUUUAAGGGAAGCACAGGUCAUGGGACAUAAAGGCUUAAGAGUUUUGGCAACUGCAUAUGGCAAUAAAAUGGAAGACUUAGUGUUUGUUGGUAUGGUUGGUAUCCUCGACCCUCCUCGACCAGGAGCUGCUGAGGUUAUCCGAACUCUCUAUGGUAGUGGUGUCCAAAUUAAAAUGUUGACCGGUGAUUCUGAAGAAACUGCCUGUGCGAUUGCAUCAAGAUUGGGUCUUUAUGCAUUUGGCAAUACAGCUCUUUCUGGUGAAGAAAUUGAUAGGAUGAAUGAAGAAACUCUGCAAGUCAAAAUUCCUGCUAGUACCGUCUUUUAUCGGGUUAGUCCAAGUCACAAAUUGAAAAUUGUGAAAGCAUUACAAAAGAAUGGUAACAUAGUUGGUAUGACUGGUGAUGGUGUCAAUGAUGGAGUAGCUUUAAAAAAAGCAGAUAUUGGAAUAGCAAUGGGCAAAAAUGGAACGGAUGUUUGUAAAGAAGCUGCUGAUAUGAUUCUUGUUGAAGAUGAUUUUUCAACUAUCAUGGCUGCUAUUGAGGAAGGAAAAGGACUCUACCACAAUAUUCAGAACUUUGUUCGAUUUCAAUUAAGCACGAGUAUUGCUGCUUUAACCUUGAUUGCUUUAUCAACAUUGAUGAGGAUCCCCAAUCCAUUAAAUGCAAUGCAAAUUUUAUGGAUUAAUAUCAUUAUGGAUGGACCUCCUGCUCAAAGUUUAGGUGUUGAGCCAGUUGAUAAUGACGUACUUAAACAGCCUCCUCGAAAUGUUAAACAUCCUAUGAUUACCAAAGAUCUGAUUCUCAAUGUUCUACUUUCUGCGGGUAUAAUUAUUACCGGGACAUUAUUUAUUUUUAUGAAAGAGAUGAGUGAUAAUCAUGUAACUCCUCGUGAUACAACCAUGACUUUUACCUGUUUUGUAUUUUUUGACAUGUUCAAUGCUUUAAGCUGUCGAUCUCAGAUUAAAUCCGUCUUCACUAUUGGACUUUUCUCGAACAAACCUUUUCUUUUUGCUGUUGGAGGUUCAAUAAUCGGUCAAAUGUUAGUCAUUUACGCCCCACCACUACAAAAAAUAUUUGAUACCGAACCAUUAACCGUGAUAGACUUAUUAAUAUUAGUUUCCUUGGCCUCAACAGUUUUCGUUAUCAGUGAAGUGAAGAAAGCAUUUGAAAGGGAACUAAUCAAGCAAAAGAAAAGAAAAGAUGCUCACGCAAGUCAUAUGGUUUAGCUAUUGCAAAACUUUAAUUUUCUUACAUGACUUUGUACUGGUUAAAUGCAAUUUAAUCAAACUGUUACAAUAUUUUCACGUAUAAGUUGCAUUUUGGAUAAGCGCUGUCUACUGUAUUACCAAUGGUAUACUUAAGUAUCUUGUAGUAGACGGCGCUUAUCAAAAUGAAACUUAUGCGUGAAAGUACUGUAUUUGGUUUGACAGUACAUUUAACCGCCACAGUUAACAUCAAGAAACUACAUAGGUCUGAGAAAAAUAGAUUUAUUAAUUUCUUAUCAAUUUUUGGUAAGAUUGGUCCUGUUCUGUGAUGAUGACAAAAGAUGACCUGUUCAAUCUUUAGUUGAUAAGUCUUUGUGGUCACCAAUCAAAUCAAAAUUUGGAUAUUUUAUAAAUUGGUCGUCACGAUAUCUUCACCAACUUAAAUUACAUUAAUUUUUUAUCGAUUUGCUUGUUACGUGUUUCAAGAUUUACAAAAAAUGGAUAAUUAAAUAAAUAAAGAUUAUCAUUGAAAUUCAA